AUGGCCGCUGAAAAGAAGAUCGAAGCUGAAGAGGUAGUCAAUUCGAAGCCUGGUGUAACAGGCGACGAGCUUAAUCAGAAAUUAUCAAAAAAGCCACACGUUAAAAAUAAGCGUAGGAAAAAAAAGAAACCCGAUUCACUAGCAAUCGGAGUCACGAAUAAAGCCAAAAGCGUGUCAAACAACAAUGAGAACGGAAAGUCUCAAGAAACUGAUGAUUCAGAAAUUGUGGAAAUUGAGUACGUAUUACAACCUCUGGAUGUAACUAACGAUCCUUACUGUGAAGAAUUCUCAAAGGUUUUUGCCCAUUUUCAGAUCACCAAAGACGAAACUGAGGUAAAAUCUGAAAUUAAGGAAGAAAAGAAUGAAACUUUGAAGACUCAGAAUGAAUCUAGAAUGAAAGAUUCUGACGACGAUACUGAAAAUGAGUCCGAAGAUGAGGACAGACAAGAUAAAGUAUCAAAGAAGAAGCUAAAAAAAAUGAACCGAUUAAGUGUCGCUCAGUUAAAACAAUUGGUUAAGAGACCAGAAGUUGUUGAGUGGGUUGAUGUAACAGCCGCAGAUCCAAAGCUUCUAGUUAGUCUCAAAGCAUAUAGGAAUACAGUACCCGUUCCUCAGCAUUGGUCUCAAAAAAGAAAAUAUCUUCAAGGGAAGAGAGGAAUUGAGAAACCAGCUUUCGAUCUACCUGAUUUUAUCAAAGAUACUGGUAUCAUGGAAAUGCGUGAAGCAGUUAAAGAGAAAGAAGAUGCUGCAAAAUUGAAACAAAAAACUCGUGAGCGUGUCCAACCAAAAAUGGGCAAGUUAGACAUUGAUUAUCAAAAAUUACACGAUGCGUUUUUCAGAUUUCAAUCAAAACCUAAAUUGACAAUUCAUGGAGAACUGUACUACGAAGGAAAAGAAUUCGAGACUAAACUUAAAGAAAAAAAACCAGGUCAACUUUCAGAAGAAUUGAAAGCUGCCUUGAACAUGCCUCCUCUUGCGCCUCCUCCAUGGCUAAUAGCGAUGCAGAGAUAUGGUCCACCACCUAGUUAUCCUAAUUUAAAAAUUCCAGGAUUGAACGCUCCUAUUCCGGAAGGUGCCCAAUGGGGAUUUCAUCCUGGCGGAUGGGGUAAACCUCCGGUAGAUGAGUAUAAUCGUCCACUGUACGGUGAUGUUUUUGGAACAUAUCAACAAGAAAUCCCCUCAGAUAUUGUACAGCCCAUUGAGCGGUCAUUAUGGGGUGAAUUAGAAGCAGAAGAAGGUGCAUUACAAGAAGGUCUUGCCACGCCAAGUGGAAUAUCAAGUGUACCAAGUGGUUUGGAAACACCAGAGUAUAUAGAAUUAAGGAAAUACCAAGCUAGCACAGCAUCACAACAGUCUUCUAUACUGCCUAGCGGAUUGGAGACACCAGAUAUUAUUGAAUUAAGGAAAUAUUCAAAACCUGAUGAAGAUGAACCAAAGCCUUUAUAUACCGUACUCCCACAAAAGGAAACGUCUAUUUCUGGCUUUAUGGGAUCACAGCAUGCCUACGAUUUAUCUUCAACUUCAACAGCUGGAGGUGUUAAAGGUGCAAAGCGAAAAGUUGUUGGAACCGGUAUCGAUGUAGCGCUCGAUCCUGCAGAAAUGGCGAACCUAGAUGAAGAAACAUUAAGAGCCAUAUUUGAAGAAGCUCAGCAGGCGAAUCAACCGGAAGGUUCACGUGAAGACUUUUCAGAUUUGGUUGCUGAACAUGCUAGCAAGCAAGCAAAAAAGAGGCAAAAAUUGGCGGAUGCGAAGGCUGCUGCACGAGAUGCAGGUUCUGGUGGGAGUUCAACAUCUAAGAAAUACAAAGAUUUCAAAUUUUAA